GUCUACAGCUCUCGGGGCUCAGACCUAGUUUGAGUCGACAUGGCUAAACGCACCAAGAAGGUCGGAAUCGUGGGCAAAUACGGGACCCGUUAUGGUGCCUCCCUCAGGAAGAUGGUGAAGAAGAUUGAGAUAAGCCAGCACGCCAAGUACACUUGCUCCUUCUGUGGCAAAACCAAGAUGAAAAGACGAGCUGUGGGGAUCUGGCAUUGUGGCUCCUGCAUGAAAACCGUCGCUGGUGGCGCCUGGACCUACAACACCACUUCUGCUGUCACAGUAAAGUCUGCCAUCAGAAGACUGAAGGAGUUGAAAGACCAGUAGAAGCACCGCCGUUUGAAACAUUGCUAGCCUAUAAUAAAUGG